AUGGCUUCUGACGGCGACAAACAAGCCCCCGAGUCUGUGGCUCAGGGCUACCCCGACCCCUCCCCGGAGCCCGCCGCCGCCGAAGGCUCCGUCCCUCGCCCCGCCGGAUGGAUGUAUCGUGGCUUCCGCGUCGGGGGCAAGGAGCUCUGGUACGCCUCGCCCCGUGUCCAGCUCUAUAUGGUCUCCUUCGUCUGCUUCCUGUGCCCCGGCAUGUUCAAUGCCCUCGGCGGCCUCGGCGGUGGUGGCCAGGUCUCGACACAGGCCUCCAACGACGCCAAUACCGCCCUCUACUCCACCUUCGCCAUCGCCGCCUUCUUCGCCGGCACCUUUGCCAACCGUCUCGGUCUCCGUCUGACUCUCAGCCUCGGCGGCCUCGGCUACUGUAUCUACGCCGCCUCCUUCUUGUCCUACUCUCACACCGGGAACGAGGGCUUCGUCGUCUUCGCCGGCGCCUUCCUCGGUCUCUGCGCCGGUCUCCUGUGGACCGGCCAGGGCGCCAUCAUGAUGUCCUACCCGACCGAGAACGAAAAGGGUCGCUACAUCUCAUGGUUCUGGAUGAUCUUUAACCUCGGCGCCGUCAUCGGUGCCCUCAUCCCCCUCGGCCAGAACAUCAACAAGACCGCGAGGGACACCGUCACCGACGGCACCUACGCCGCCUUCAUCGUCCUCAUGUUCCUUGGCGCCAUCCUCGCCCUCUUCAUGUGCGACGUCCCCAAGGUCAUCCGCGAGGACGGCUCCAAGGUCAUCGUUAUGAAGAACCCCUCGUGGCUGUCCGAAUUCAAGGGCCUGUGGGAAACCCUCGCCCAAGACCCCUGGAUCGUCCUCCUUUUCCCCAUGUUCUUCACCUCCAACGUCUUCACCACCUACCAGUUCAACGACUUCAACGCCCCUCACUUCAACACCCGCACUCGCUCCCUCAACAACCUCCUGUACUGGUCCUCCCAGAUCAUCGGCGCCCUCGUCACGGGCUACGCCCUCGACUUCGCCAAGGUUCGCCGCAGCGUGCGCGCAAAGGUCUCCUUCAUCGCCCUCUUCGUCCUGACCAUGGUCGUCUGGGGCGGCGGCUACGCCUGGCAGAAGAAGCAGGCCUCGCGCAGCGAGAUUGAGGGCGACGAGAACUGGCCCACCGUUGACUGGACCGACGGCGGCGAGCUAUACAUCGGCCCCAUGUUCCUCUACAUGUUUUACGGCUUCUUCGACGCCAUCUGGCAGACUUGCGUCUACUGGUACAUGGGCGCCCUCUCCAACUCUUCCCGCAAGGCCGCCAACCUGGCAGGUUUUUACAAGGGCAUCCAAUCCGCCGGCGCCGCCGUCUUUUGGCGUCUCGACGGUCUCGGUACUGACUACAACACCAUGUUCGCCGCCUCGUGGGGCUCCCUGGCAGGCGCGCUCGUCGUCGGCGCCCCCAUCAUCUUCCUCAAGAUCAAGGACACCAUUGCCGUCGAGGAGGAUCUCCAGUUCUCGGACGAGACCAUCGCCGACGUCGCUGUCCCGGGAACUGUUGACACUAAGCUCGACAAGGAGGUCGCGUAA